GGUUUGCGCCAGCAUGUCUGUGUCUGUAAUCAUUAAAUGGGGUGGACAGGACUACUCCAUCAGUACACUCUCUGAAGAGGACACUGUGCUGGACCUCAAGCAGUCUAUCAAGUCCCUGACUGGGGUUCUUCCAGAGAGACAGAAACUCCUAGGAUUAAAAGUCAAAGGUAAACCAGCAGAGGAUGACGUGAAGCUGGGCUCACUGAAGCUGAAACCCAAUACCAAGAUCAUGAUGAUGGGCAGCAGAGAGGAGAGUCUGGAAGACGUUUUAGCACCUCCCCCGGAGAAUGAUGACGUUGUCAAUGACUUUGACAUUGAAGAAGAGGUGAUUGAAGUAGAGAACAGAGAGGAGAACUUGGCCAAGAUAGCCCGCCGUGUCAAAGACUACAAAGUGGAGGAGAUGAACCCACCCAGGGAAGGAAAGAGGCUGCUAGUACUAGAUGUGGACUACACAUUGUUUGAUCACAAGUCAUGUGCAGAGACAGGUCAAGAGCUCAUGAGGCCUUUUCUCCAUGAGUUCUUGACCUCUGCGUUCGAAGACUAUGACAUUGUAAUUUGGUCUGCCACGAGUAUGAAGUGGAUUGAUGCUAAAAUGAAAGAGCUGGGAGUGACAGACAACCCUAACUACAAGAUCACCUUCAUGCUGGACAGUGCAGCCAUGAUCACAGUGCACACACCUAAGAGGGGUGUAGUGGAGGUGAAGCCUCUCGGGGUGAUAUGGGGCAAGUACAGUGAGUUCUACAGCAAGAGGAACACCAUCAUGUUCGACGACAUUGGCAGAAAUUUCCUCAUGAACCCACAGAACGGACUGAAGAUUCGUCCAUUCAUGAAAGCGCACUUAAACCGUGAGAAAGACAAAGAGCUCUUCAAACUGUCUCAGUAUCUUAAAGAGAUUGCCAAACUGGAGGACUUCUCUUUUCUCAACCACAAGCAUUGGGAGAGGUAUCUGUCAAAGAAACAGAGCCAGUGAGAGCAUUGUUGUGGAUAUGUGAAGGGACGGUCAUUCCUCAACCAGGAACAGUGCUGGACACUGAAGCCCUCACCAUACUACUACUGCCUGUUUCUGACUGGGAGCUGUUUCCCAUUGUAUGGCUUGUUCUUUGAUU